UCCAGCGAUCGUCACGGCCGCGUUGCCACAGCGCGCAUUUCUCCGAAGUGAGUCGUGUAGGAAGGAUACGCCGACACGGAAAAAAGCCUGCUGGUCUUCUAUCUCCCGCUUCGAGACAUUUGACAAGCUGAUGUCGGCAGGUUUCACGCGUUAAGUACCCUUUUCACAGAGGAUUCGACAACACGCGGAAAUAAGCGACUCUAGCGCCUCCUGCGACUCCCGCUCUGAAACUAUCGCGUGGUUCUUUCUUUUUCCUUUCUUCAUUUUCCGCAUCUGCGGUCCCUUUGGUUCUCCCGGCCUCGUCGAUCUCGUCGGCGUGUGUGUUACCAACGUGCCAGCAGCACCGCAAGACCAUGCUUGCCCGGUCCCUUCGAAUCAUCAGAAGCAACGUUCGCUAUUCCUGGAGCGCCGCCGACCAGGCAAAGAAAGAUGCCGAAAAGGCGAGAUCUACGUUUUUGUUUAAUGACCUCGAAGUGGAGCUCAUGCCAGCCGCCAACCGGAAACCGAAGCCCGACCCCUCGAAGCUUCUGUUCGGUCAAGAGAUGAGUGACCACAUGUUUAUGGUGAGGUGGACCAGCGCCGAUGGUUGGGAUAAACCGAAAAUAUCGCCUCUGCGCAAGCUCGAACUUCAUCCUGCAGCCAAGGUUCUUCAUUAUGCCCAGGAGCUUUUUGAAGGCUUGAAAGCGUACCGUGGCCACGACGACAAGGUUAGACUGUUCAGGCCAGAAAUGAAUGUGCGACGACUUCUCAAUUCGGCUGCGAGACUUGACCUUCCUAAAUUCGACGGGGACGAGUUCUUGAAAUGUCUCACGAAGCUUGUGUCCGUCGAGAAAGACUGGGUCCCCAAGUACCCCAUGAGUUCACUCUACAUUCGACCUACAGUCAUAGGCAUUGAGCCCACACUAGGAGUGGCACGGUCAAACGAAGCUCUUUUAUUCGUCAUUCUGAGCCCCGUCGGUCCCUACUUCCGUACGGGCAUCAAGCCAGUCUCCCUGCUCGCCGACCCCAAGCAUGUCCGAGCUUGGCCCGGAGGCACUGGGGACAAGAAGCUUGGCUGCAAUUAUGCCCCAACACUCAUGGUGCAGAACGAAGCCGAGAAACUGGGUCUCCAGCAGGUGCUCUGGCUAUUCGGAGAGGAUGAACAAGUCACCGAAGUGGGUGCCAUGAACGUCAUGGUGCUUCUCAAGAACAAGGACGGAGGCACUGAGCUGGUGACACCACCUCUUUCUGGAAUCAUUUUGCCUGGUGUCACACGUCAGAGUGUUCUUGAUCUCACGAGAGAAUGGAAUGAGUUCAAGGUCUCGGAGCGUAAGAUAACCAUGGCAGAAAUCAGAGAAGCUCUCAAGGAAGACAGGCUACUGGAGAUGUUUGGCUGUGGGACAGCGUGCGUCAUCUGUCCGAUCGAGCGGCUAUACCACAGGGGCGAGAACCUGCACAUUCCCACCAUGGAGCAGAGCAGCCCACUGGCCAACCGGGUGUUGAAGGCCAUCACAGACAUCCAGUAUGGAGUCGUACCACACAGCUGGGCCAUAGAAGUGGAGUGACGUAGGGCAUUGAAUUGAACAGUAUGCUACAAAUUGUCAUUACGCGUGCUCUCAAAAAGAGUAGAUAUGUUUCCUAGCAGAGCUGGAUGCAUUGGCUCUAAGGGCACAGACUGAAUACAACAGGUCGAUUGUGAAGAUACAUCUCUUCUCACGUUUGUGUUUUCUUUUAUACUCUACAUAUGUGAUUAUAUUUCUCGUUCUUUUCCCGUGUUUGGGAAUCACUGACGUACCACAUCUUCAGUCCUCUCAGCCAUUUUGUGCACUCUGCUGCCGACAACUGACAUUUUGCAAGUUCCUGAUAAUGUCGGAAGAAAACUGCUGAAUGAGAGAGGUUGUGUUUUGUGCAAGCCAACUGUGACUCUUAUUGAAUGUGUUCAGUGCUUUGACGUUGUACAAAUGUCACAAAUGGCUUGUGCGAGAAUAAAAUUUUGCAGUUUUCGUUUACGUCGGCACCUUAUUUCAGGAAUGCGUAUUUUGAUCUUACGAAAUUUAUCACACACGUGGCGUGUCUUGCUUUCUGAUCAUCAGUGAAGUGUUGUUCUUAACGUACUUUAUAAAACUCUGAAGUUGCUGAUUUUCACAUAUAUGUACUCUGUCACACUUUCCCAUGCUGCUAGUUUGUGGCAGAAAACCAUGUGCUGCGACUUGUGUUCCAAAUGUUUGCUGUAUAUCUGUAAAGUUUGAUUAAGUCCUUAAGCGUAAAUUAUGUAUUAAAGCCAGUGGUUUGUUCUCAGUGUUGAACCAUCUUUCUGCUUCUCUACCAUUAGCAUGAAAUCGAGCAUUUUUUAAAAUUGCAUUCUUGGUCGAAUUUCGGUAGGCAGCAUUUGAUCAGCUGUAUAGAAUCACAUCACGAAACUAUAAAUAGUGAAGUUACUGUUUGCGCUUUUCACGCAAGUUUCGAUUAAGCUUACCUCCGGGUAUUUUCUGUUGUUUAAGACAGCUCAGCACUUUGUGGGUGAGCUUUCUUUGUACGUGUAUUGAUUUCCUAUGUAAACGUGGCCCCAGAAAGUGCUGUGUCGUGGCAAGCUGAAGGCUGCGUCUCAUUUUCCUGUUUGUACAGCAAAACCUUGUUGAUUCGAAAAAUGAAAUAAUUUGGUCUCGUCCAAGUGGUCUUGGCACGUUUGUAUUAGUUAAUGGCUCCAAGCGUGUUCAUUUGGUCAAAUUUGAUCUCAUGUAUGAUUAGGGUUAUCCUUGAAGCGUGAAGCCAUAUACAGUUUGUGUCGCGGUAUUCAUUAGUAGGAACUGUAAGGUAAGAAAGGCCAGAACACUUUACACGUAUUUGCAUCUACCACUGUGUUGAUUGUGUGUGCAUUCAGGACAGGGGUAUCUGUUUAGGAUCAUGUUCUUAGUGACCUAGGUUUUAUGCAGUUGUGCCCAACAGUAGUUUCGUUUUAAUGCAGUGCGAUUAGGUCACACGUGUGCUCUCAAAAAUGCAGGGCACCACUUAUGGCCAUGUUUCUUUGCAACUGGUUUUGUCUGCAGUGAAUAGGGCAAAUAGUAUAAUUUUGUUCAGUCGAGGACAUUUCGAUUUUUAAAAUCAUCUUAGGCACACUGCACGCACAGUGUCACAAAUGUCAAGCUUUCGAGGUUGAAGAGGCUUCUAUUGUGGUCUGCAUGCUGGCAUCAAAUGUAGCCGCUACAUGGUGAUUGGCAAUCUGUUGCUGACCAGUUUACUGGUGAAAAAAAAAGUUUUUGUCCUGAGUGCAUGAUGGUGGUGGUUGCAGUGGCAAUUGAAAGAGGGUGUGCUUGCGAAAAGCACAUCCAUCUUUCUUGCAUUUCAUGAGUUUUCACAAUGUGAUUGCAUUUUGAAAUAAGUUGCGGGAUAAGAAUUGAAACAGCAGAUUUUUUUUUUUUACCGUGGGAAAUUCGGAUUGAUGAGCUUUUACUGCAGUGUGCCUCUGUGAGCAAAUGGGGCCAAGAACCUUGAGCAUCUCUCGACUCUUGCAUGGGAUGUGUUGUGAUGUCGCUGGUAGCAAUGCCUGUGAUAACACUUCUGCUUCUGAAUAUAAGGCAGGGUCUAGUCAGCAAACUAAAUGGUUGUAAGGAUUUCGAUGCCUUUGUGCAGUUGCGUGCAUGUCCCUUCUCUUCUUUAUGUCCUCUGUGAAGAUUAUUUAUGUCUGCAUAAUAUGUAAGUGUUGCACUGAAAAGCAAUGUUACCAGCGAUAUUACUUUUCAUUAAAUGCAGAGAAUGGAAGAGCAAGUGGGGUAUAAAAUGAUAUGUUCCUUUAUUAUGAAGAUUGUUAAUGAGAACUAUUGAUAACUGUUGGUUCUCAUAUUGUCUAUCAAAAGAGCCCUUCAAUUUAUCUUUUUUUUUUCUUUAUUAUGAAGCUUAAGCUAACUCCCUCUUAGCUCUAAAACAUAUAGAAUGAACUUCGU